UUGAUACCGAAACACACACAAGACAUAUUGGCAUCAUGAGUUGCAUUCUCUGCCUCUUUUUUGUGUCACAUCUUCUCAAGUUCUCUCUAUCUAGGGCUGUUUGCACCAACUCAACUGCUUCUGGAAUCCCUUCUGAAAUUGAUGAUCCCUUGAAAUUCUGUUCUUACAAUGGAAAGGCUUGUUGUGACAUUAGUGAAGAAGCAUGGAUAAAGAUACAAAUCCAGGAGUUGAAUGCCACUGACCCAAAAUGUGCUUCUUACCUCAACUCCAUUUUAUGCAAUACAAGUGAUGAUCAGUUUUCUGCUGAAUUCUUUAACAAUGAACAAACUCUCCUUCCUAAGGGUCUAUGUUUGGAGAAAAUUGGGAAUGGGUCUUAUGUUACCAUGGUUCCACAUCCUGAUGGUUCCAACCGCGCCUUCUAUGCUAAUGUACAAGGCAAGAUCUGGAUGGCAAAGGUUCCUGUUGAGGGAUCCAAUGAGAUGCUGAAAAUUGAUGAAUCCAAAACCUUCCUAGACAUUAGUGAUUACAUUCUCUAUGAUUCUGAGCAUGGUUUAGUGGGAAUUGCAUUUCAUCCAAACUUUGCACAAAAUGGCCGCUUCUUUCUCUCUUACAACUGUGAUCAGAUGAAAAACCCUGCAUGUACUGGUAGGUGUGCUUGUAACUCAGAUGUGAAUUGUGAUCCUUCAAAACUUGGUUCUGAUCAUGGUAUCCUCCCAUGCCAGUACCAUUCUGUAGUAGCAGAGUUUACAGUCAAUGGCACAUCAUCAAAGCCUUCCUUGGCAGUAAGUGCCAAUCCAUAUGAGGUGAGAAGAAUAUUUUCAAUUGGUGUUCCCUACAGUGGAGGUCAUGCUGGUCAAAUUCUCUUUGGACCUGAAGAUGGAUACUUGUACCUUAUGAUGUCUGAUGGCUCAAAUCUUGAUGAUCCUUACAACUUUGCCCAAAACAAGAGAUCCUUACUUGGAAAGAUUUUGAGAAUUGAUGUAGACAAUAUACCCAGUAGCAAAGAAAUAAGUGGCAUGAACUUGUGGGGCAAUUACUCUGUACCUAAAGAUAAUCCAUACCUUGAUGAUAAGGAGCUUGAGCCAGAGAUAUGGGCUAUUGGUUUCAAGAAUGCGUGGCGCUGUAGUUUUGACUCUCAGAGACCAUCCUAUUUUCUCUGUGGAGACGCUGGACAGGAUAAGUACGAAGAGAUUGAUGUAAUCAAAAAAGGAAAAAACUAUGGUUGGCGAGUCUAUGAAGGUCCUUUUAUUUUUCAUCCAUCAGAAUCUCCGGGAGGAAACACUUCUACAAGUUCCAUACACCCAAUCUUCCCUGUAAUGGGUUACAAUCAUUCUGAAAUUGACAAUGAAUCAGGCUCUGCAUCCAUAGUUGGUGGCUAUUUUUACAGGGCCAUGACAGAUCCUUGCUUAUAUGGAAGGUACUUGUACACAGAUAUGUAUUCAGGGUCUGUGCUGGUGGGUACAGAAAGUUCUGAAAACAGUGGAAAAUUCACCAGCGUUAAGAUUCCUUCUAGGUGUGCGCAUGACUCUCCAAUGUCAUGUUCUUUUGUGCAGGGAAGUGCUACUCCUUCACUGGGGUAUGUCUACUCAUUAGCAGAAGAUAACAACAAAGACAUUUAUUAUUUGACAACCACUGGUGUUUAUAGAGUGUCGCGUCCAAGCCGUUGCAACUAUUUGUGCACCAAGGAAAAAGUUGUUAGUGUCGAAAACAAGAAGCCUCACUCUUCUUCCCCUUUGCGUGAGGUUAUUGAUCUUCAUCUGCUGUUCCUCGUUUUUACCAUCCAGUUUAAUUUUCUCAAACUUGUAUCCCAAGCAAACCUCACAACUUAACAAAUGUCUCCCUAACUUCAGUGGUUUUGUCAUAAUGUCUUCAACAUGUUCUCCAGUCCCAGAAAACACUAACUUCAAAACUUCUUGACUUGUACAAUCACGUAAAUAACGGUAAAAUAAUCUCACAUCAAUAUGAUUUAUCCUCUUAUGCAUCACUGGAUUUUUCAGAGAGUUUUAUAGAGAAAAACCACUUUUAUGGUUCAGU